CUGGAAUCUGUCAACGAGUAGACAGCAUCGCGUGGAUUCAACUCCUCAUCUGGAAUCAUAGGUUAGUGUGUGAGACGCUCUGGGAAGAUGCCCUUCUACUGUACUAGAUGAACGGGAAGGCAAAGAACGGCAAUAUUGGUAAAAUGAAGGCAAGGGCCCAGUGAAGAGCCACAGGCAACGCAGUGACCGACAACCAAGCUGAAUACCAACCCUUUUAAGGGUCAGGCCUCAAGGAGUGCUGGCGUGGCAGGAAGGUGUGAGCUGAGAUGUCUCUGAGACAAGCUGAGGGCAUGUCCAUCAUGCAGGCCCUGGCUAUGACGGUGGCUGAGAUUCCGGUGUUUCUCUACUCAACCUUUGGCCAGUCCAUCUUCUCUCAGCUGCGCCUCUCUCCCAGCCUGAAGAAGGUUCUGUUCGCCACCGCACUGGGCAGUGUAGCCCUGGCGUUGACUGCCCACCACUUGAAACGGCGUGGCAGGAAGCGGAAACAGCUGGGGUCUAAAGAUGCCCAGAAGACUGUGCCCAUACCGGAGCUGAUCCGCUCGGGACGGCCCACCUCCCUGAAGAGAGGGUCUGCACCGGGGCGCCAGAUUAUGAGCCCCAGCACUCGCAGCCAGGACACCGUGAGCAGCAUCUCCUCCCUGGCGCCCAGCAAGCAUUCCAGUUCCUCACACAGCAUCGCCUCAAUGCGUGUACCUACUUCUCCCAACCUUUCGCCCAGUCAGUCAAUGCCUUUGGAGGUGGCAGCUCUAGCCGAAGAAUCGGGAGUAAUAGAGGAUGUCAAUGCAGAGAACCUUUACCUUAUGGGUAUGGAGUUGUUUGAGGAGGCUCUGCAGAAAUGGGAACUGGCCUUGAACAUCCGGCAUCGCUCUCGCUCACGGAAUGACUCUUCUAGCAGUAACAGCCUGGCCCUGCAGGGGGCAGCAAAUGCAUUUCCAAUUGAGAUGCGAAACACACAGUUUGCCCAGAAGCUUGAGACCCUGCUGCACAGAGCCUACAACCUGCAGGAAGACUUCGGCUCAACCAUCCCUCCUGACAGCCUGCUUGCUGAUCUAGAGAGUGAAGGAACGCUGAUAUUGCCAAACAUCGAGAUCUCCAGUCGAUUACAUGACGACGAUGCCACAACAAUUGCAUCGGAUGAGUCCUUUUUCUCUGCCGCAGAGUGGUUUGAUUCUCUAGAGGAAUGUGUAUAUCAGCCCCUGCGACCAUCUGCACUGUAUGAGGAGGCUUUGGAGCAGGUGCGCGAGAACAAUGUGGUCUGCAGAUCCCUCAGGACAGAAUUGUUGGAGUGCUAUAGUGACCAUGACUUUCUAGCCAAACUACACUGCAUCAGACAGGCAUUUGAGGCUCUCCUUGUUGAUGAGACCCAUCGGACGUUUUUCGUAGAGACAGGGAAGCAGAUGAUUUCUGGACUCAUGGCCAAAGCCAAUAAGAGUCCAAAGGCCUUCCUGGAGAGUUAUGAGGAGAUGCUGCUCUAUACCCAAAGGGAGGAGACCUGGCCCACUACCAAGAUGGAGUUAGAAGGACGAGGGGUGGUGUGUAUGAACUUCUUUGACAUUGUUCUGGACUUCAUUUUAAUGGAUGCCUUUGAGGACCUUGAAAGUCCCCCUUCAUCCGUUGUUGCUGUCUUGAGGAACCGUUGGCUAUCUGAUAGCUUUAAAGAAACCGCUCUUGCCACAGCUUGUUGGUCUGUACUGAAGGCUAAGAGGCGUUUACUGAUGGUCCCGGAUGGGUUUAUUUCCCACUUCUACUCCAUCUCGGAACACGUCAGUCCAGUUCUUGCCUUUGGGUUCCUGGGGCCCAGGCAGCACCUGAGUGAGGUGUGCAUUAUCUUCAAGCAACAAGUGCUGCAGUACCUCAAAGACAUGUUUGAUCACGACAAAGUGCGUUUCGUCUCUUGUCCAUCCCUGGCCGAAGACCUCCUCAGGCUCUCGCACCGCCGCAGUGACAUCCUCCUUGGCUACCUGGGCAUAGAUAGCCUGAUUGCAUCCAAUGGUGCAUUACCAAGCAACAAUACACACAGCCCAACAUUGGAGCAAGACCUAGACAAAGAACAAGUCAACUCCGACACCACACAUGAAUGAGAGUUGGACUGUGGUCGUGUCCUGGGCCACUGCAGCGUGUCCAGACUGGUUGUGCAAACAAUACCUCGAAACCAGCACUGCAUACCGGACCCUCUGAACCAGCUCUGCUAGCUGGAUCUGUGAAGUAGAAUGACUGUAUUGGACUUCAGGUCACCUCUGUAGCCAGGACCAUCCCACAAAGGAAAGUUUUGUGAACCGGACCUUCUUAACCAGCUCUUUACCUUAAACCAACCCUAGCAAACCGAACCUGUUAAACCAGCCCUACAAACUGGACAACCUGUCCAGACCUGCACAGUCCAGAUAGACCCCUUAAAGUCAUCCCUUGUUCUUGAAGCAGUAGAUGUACCUGAGAACCAAGGCUAACUGAUGCUCUGAUAUCUGAUCCUGAUCCCUUGCCUACACACACACACACACACACACACACACACUGUCACAUGCAUGUAUACACCUGUGGGUGUAAACAUGUGUGAACAAGAUGGUGUGUGUUCCUCUUUGGGUUUUGAACUGUUGGGGGAAAAUGUGUCUUGAAUAUCAGUUUUAAUAUUAUCAAUCUUGUAUUUAUGUGUGUGUAAAUGUAUGCAUAUUUGUUUGUUUGUGUUAUUGCAUAUACCAUCACUGAAUGCAAUAGUAUGUGGUUGAAAGGUGGAUGGGUGUCGGGUGGUUGGGGUACCACACCCAAGUUUUGGCCAAAUUGAAGUAAUGGUGUGAAGGGUAUGGAUUACUAAUGAUUGAGCUUUGGUUAUUUAUUCCAUGAUACCGAUGGCACUAUCCUAUUUUUUUUAAUUGAAAGGGACAUUUCCCAGAAUUAAUUGAGGAGAGUAGCUGUUAGUAGUGGCAUGUGAGGAGUGAUGAGUCAUUGCAUCAUGCUCUUACGUUACCUGCUCUCACCGAUGCAUUCUGGGAUGGAGGAGUGUUGGGAGUUUGGGUGUAUUGAUAAGUGUGUGCGUGUGCGUGUGUGCGAGGUUGGUUUCCUCCUCUAAAUCUGAAUCGGCUGACUAGGGCAAUCACAUCGCUGUGACAACUCAAUGUCGCGUUUUGAAACUUUAUCUGGCUUACUGCUCUUCCCGAUUAUUUCUUCACCCUUUGUGUUUCAACUGUUUGGUUGUUUUUUGGUCUGUUUGUCUUUCUCCCUUUAUCUCGUUCACCUGCUAACACACCUUCAGACCAGUCACCACUCUUUUCCCACCCACACACACAUACUGUAACUUCCUCCUACUUCCAUUUGUGAGCUACGCUUUCACACUUGACCAUUGUGCAGCUGUGGGAGCAUUGCAUACAUGCAGUCACAUAGCCAGUGUGCACACCCACUGGCCUCUGUUCUCCUUGAUGGGGCAGGGACAAAAUGGCAUUGAGCGUGUCCCUCUGCCUGUGAAAAUGGCUGCAGUCGUCGUAGACCUGGUCACUUAACUGUAAAUAUAAUCAUCAUUUUUGACAGGACGUCUUAAUAUGUUAUCGUUUCUUUUCCCCAAAAUGCCUUCUGAUCUGUAAUGUGUUUGUUGCUGACACCCGCUGGCUCUGCCUCUGCUCCUUAUUGCACUUUAUGAAGUAGGAACAUCGCACACAGUGUCGGUGUUAUCCAUUGUGAUUUUAUGUGAUUUUACUUUUUUUUUUUUACAUUUUGUGUCGAGCCAUUUCUGGCACACAGUAGGUCAGCCGGUAAUGUUGGCCUAUCUGAAAUCUGAAAGGCUCAGUUGACUAAGUUAAUGAUUGCACUCAGCCUAAUACUGUAUGUAAAGUAAGUCUACCAUAUGAGGCUAUCAGGAGAGGAGAAUGUCAGGAGGAUUUACCAGAGGGUUGCAUCCGUGGAGUUAAAUGAGCAAUAGGCUAUGUUCUGAUCAUAAAGUCUGUGUUCAAAACUAGAAUUCUAAUCCUUAAAUCAACAAAAACUUGACCUUACAGUUAACUGACCUCUUUUUUUGCAUUGAUGCUCCAGAGAUCGCCCCAUCACUGGUAUAAUCACAGCAGGGAAAAGGCACCACGGUGGUUUUCCAUCAAGUAGAGGGAAGCAUCACUUCACAGGAAAGGCCUAGCAGGGUAUUGGUUCUUGUGAUACUGUAAUGAAGCCAAUGUACCUUUGUCUCUAAUGGCACAUCAUUUGGAAGGCUUUUUUCAGAGGCUGUCCCAAAAAAUUGAAAAUGCAUGAACACACAUAGGUUGUUCACUGUUGAUGAUAUGAAGAUAAAAAUCUGCAGUGUUUCCUCUUGAAUCUGUGUAUGUGUGCAAGGAUUGUGUAAAUGCCUUUGUUGUAUACCUUUUUUCUUCAGCAAUGCCAGAGCAAAAAUGUUGACAUUGUUACUUUCAUGAACUGGUAUUUUGUUGUUUUCAUAAUGAAAUAUAAUCAUGCCUUCUCCCAAGCUA